AUGGCCAUCAAACGUCGCCCAUGGGCAUUCAUCAUCAUCGGCUCCAUCCUGGCCAUCUGUGCAGUCGUCAUCCCCAUCGCCGUCGUCUUCACCUCCAAGUCCGAGAGCCAUCCCGACCCGGCCGCCAAGGGCGUCUCGGCUGCCUCCAAGGCCCACAAAAUCGGCCCCAACGACCUCGCCCCCAAGCCCAAGUGGGACUUCGACGUCAACAAGAUCGUCGGCAUCAACCUCGGUAAUUGGCUCAUCUUGGAAAGAUGGAUGGCCGAAGAUUGGUUUGUUCAGAAUGCUGGCCCCAACUCGUGGGAUGAGUGGAGCUUCACCAUCGCCAAGGGUGACAAAGCUGCCCAAACUCUGGAGGAGCAUUGGGCGACCUGGGUGACUGAAGAUGAUAUCGAGAAGCUCUAUCAAGCCGGGAUCAACACCCUCCGAAUCCCGCUCGGCUUUUGGCUCUUCAUCGAGACCGUUCCUCCGGAGCCUUAUAUCACCACCACCCAGCUUGACCAUCUGGAGCGUCUCUGCGGCUGGGCCUACGCCCGAGACAUGUAUAUCAUCAUGGAUCUCCACGGCCUUCCCGGAAGUCAAAACGGGGAGCAACAGUCCGGACACAAUACCACAAGCCCGAACUUCUUCCAGCCCCUCCAACAGGCUCGCUCCGAUCAGCUCAUCAAGGCCGUCGUCGAUUGGAUCGACACAUCGGCCUACUACAGUAUCAUCUCUGCCAUCGAGGUGGUCAACGAGCCCAGGCCGUACACGACCGAACAACGGGCCAUGCUCAGAGCCUACUACGAUCGCAGCUACGAGACCAUCCAGACCCUAGGCCCCAAAGCCCCAGCUAUGUUUUUCGCCGACGGAUUCGUCCCCGGCGACAAGUUCGCAUACUGGUGGGAGUUCGCAUCAUCCCACAAGACUCAGCCCCCGACGUUGAUCUACACCGACCAUCCGUACAUCGGCUACUUCCCCGCCCAAACCAACGCCGCCGACAUCUUCAACCAGAUCUGCACCAAGGGAACCAAGUACGCCAACUUCCCGGUCACCACGGUGAUCACCGAGUGGUCGCUUCGGACGGGGAUCCAAAACACGACGUUUGAGAGGACGUUCUAUGAGGCCCAGUUGAACACGUGGGCCUGGUACUCUGGUGCGGUGUUCUGGUCGCUACGGGUGCUUGACUCGAAGGUGGCCGUUCUUGCCGACAAGGUAGCGCAGUACCAAUGGUCGUUCGAGAAUCUCUUGGAGCGGGGCUCGAUAGCGCAGCCGACCAAGAAGGGGGACACGACGCAGUUCCUGAAGGAGCUCCGGACGCCCUGCGGUGCCCCGCCGACGCUUGUCCGGGACGGCACCGCGCCCCAAGGCACCGCCGCGGCCGCCGCCAUCGCUGAUGCCGAGGCCGCGAAAGCCAUGAUUCCCACGAUCACUAAGACUAUCGAGGCUGCCGCUCAGCAGUUCGGUCUCGUCGGCAUCGGCGCUAAGGCCGUCCACAAAUCCCCCAAGCGCCGCAUCCGCUAG